AUGGCGAAACCCUUGCAAAAAGAACGAGAAAACAGAUCGGCGGAGAAGAAAGAUGUGGUUUUCCACCCUUUUACUAUAUCUCCGGAAAGUGCACACACAUCGAUAUUGUUGCUAGAUGCUGUAGAACCUGAAAUAAUAUGCCAGACUCUCCGAGCGAUAACAAAGUUCUCGGCGCAAGAGAUGUCGAAUCGCGAAAUCCUGUUCGAUUUGGACGCGAUAUCACACAUUCUACCUCAUGUGGAACAUUUGGAGUUGAACAUCCGAAGGUUUGCUUUGAAAGCCCUGGCACAACUCUGUCAGUUACCACGAGGACCAGAGCAAGUGUUGAAGGACCCACAAAACUUGAGGAAAAUUGCUUCCUUGCUCGUAAAGUUUGAAGACGUCUUCGUUUUAGAGUUUGCGUCCUUAGUGUUAGCAGAGCUUACUACGGAACCUCUUGGCUGUGAACAACUCCUGUCUGCUAAUAUUCUCAGCACUUUGUUUGCCAGAAUGAAGAACAGUCUGGACCCAGAUGUUCAGAAAAAUUGUCUUCAGACACUAAGCAACCUCCUAGAAGACCCGAUAUGCGCUGCCGAAGUGACGAAGAAUACGCAGUUCAGCUGGCCAUCACUGCUAGCUCUGAUGCAAAGCAAGUUCCUCGCAAUCCAGCAUGCGGCUCUAAGGACCGUGGACCAACUGAUUUGUAGGUACAAGGACCAGGUUGUACAGAAGACGUUUCGAACUUCUACUGGUGUUUUGGACCUCUGUGAUAUAUUGGAAUCCUACGAAUUCCGUGACGUCCACGCUUUAGUGUUGGGCGUACUCCGCAACUACGUGGAGACUGAGGAGAACGCAUCACACCUUUACCAGUCAGGGUGUAUUCUACGGCUGCUCGCGUACCUGGAGAUGGCACUGCCGGCUAUGAAGCCAUAUUGCUUGGCUGUUCUCACUAAAAUGUCCUACACUGCUAAUGGAAGAGAGGCACUCUUCAACACGGAGACGGACAUGGUGUUCUGUCACCAGCUGCUGAGUUCCAGCGUAGAGUUGUUGGCUGACGCGGCCAUGGGCGUGGCCAACAUGACGCAGCUUCUAGCAUCCGCUGUGCGGAUGUGUGAUAAUACCAAUAUUAUUGAUGCCUUGUGUGCUAUCUUGGCCGAUGAAUCAGCGGUCUGGUUCUACAUCAGGCUGAACGCUUUGAAGGCCAUAGUAGAACUGUGUCGAGUUAUACCCAAGGCUGCCUUCACCGUCAUCGAACCGAAGUCUUUUAACGCAAUUAGAAAUGUCAAUAGACGAUUCGCUCAGACUCCCAUCGAAGCUCAGACGCUGGCCGUGCAAUGCUACAUCAAUCUGGAGAUCUACCACGUCAGUAAGAAGGCGAUGAUCAAUGGAGACUUUAUAGCUGAACUCCUAGCCAUUUUGCAGCGUCCAGAUAUCAGUUUGAAGAUUCUAACGUGCACUGUGCUGACUGGCCUGAUGACUGAGGAAGUAGCUAGAGAUCUGUUCACCUUGAAGAAAGGCGAGGAUGUGAUAUCAAAGAAUCUCCGCAUAGAACAUAUUGGGCUGAGCACGGCGUUGUGUGCUUUCAUUAUUGCCAGCGUCAGCAACGAAGGAGCCGACAUCUACCUGGACCUGGGGACUAUACACUACAUGGUGGAGAACAGACAAGCAAGAUACGUGGUGAGUGCAUGGGAGCCAGCUUUAGAGGCCAUCUUCCGACACCAUCCGUCCGCCAAGCUGGCGUACACUGGCCGGCUCGACAUCAAUGAUUUUACUCAGGUGACUUACGUGCAAGUGUUCUUAGACAUGUUUGACAAAAAUCGGUUGAGCCGUUUAGAAGUUAUGGGAGCUCGAUCACUGCAUUACUUUGAGAUAGAAGAUGCUCAUUACGAAGUAAGAUACCGGGAGAAGUGCGAAGAAGUAUCAUCGUCACUGAAGCAGCGAGCGCAGCUGCUAGCAGAGUAUGUGGGGGAACAAAUGAGUGGACUGACACAGGAGAGGGACUGUUCCAUGCCCAGCGUCGACUUACACUUGGCUGAUCUUAUGUCGGACUUAGCCUCAUCAAUUAUAGGACUGGGCUACGUAAAAUGUGGCGGCCCGCUAGAGAGGGCGCUACUGUACAAAGUAUUGGCUGACCGCAUCGGCUUACCCUGCGCAAUAUACCGGUCAUCCAGCGCGUACGCAUGGUGUGAGGUCGGCGUGCCCGAGAUUGAUCCUGAAGAAGACCACGAGAAAGUCCACAACUUCCCAGCAGGUUUGCUCAGAUCUAACUACAUAGUGGACUUAAUGCAGAAUCCUGGGCGCCUCAUACCGCGCGGAGGAAGGGACGCUAGGAAGAUAUGUGGCCCAGUGUGUUCCCCGCCUUACACCGCUAGAAAACUACCGUCGGUUUGCAGAUGCGAGAAGAAAUGUCACUAG